AUGAGCUCGAGUGGCAAGGGCGAUGGGCGAUGGGCGAUGGGCGAUGGGCGAUGGCAAAGGUAUUUCAAGGGCAAUAGGUACAGCGACGAUGUGCACGCUGUACGAGUAAAAAAGCUGGCGAACAAUAUGUUAUGGUGGGGAUCAAGGAAUAGAUUGUUCGCAAGGAGGGAAGAGAGACGCUCUUCGCACUCCUUAGGUAUUUGUCUAUCUACGGAAGGGUACACCCGCAACUUCGCUAAGCGAACCCUUAUUCACUAAAUCAAAAACUGUCACACAAUCACCCUCAGCCCCCACACACAACCGCAACACUCUGAUUCAUCACAUCCCUCCUAAUCCAAAAAAGCCCUAACCAUCAUCCUCGUCGCAGCCUGCGUAACCUCCUCAGUUCCGUUUCCAGAAUUCCCACCGAGGUUACUCUGAUCCUCCAGCUGGGGAUAAAAGAACGCCGCCACUGCAAUGAUAACAUACGCCGCACAAAGCAGCGCACCUUCCAGAUAAUUACUCCGUCCAUCCAGGACGAGGAAAUUAACAAUGAAUGCCGAGACGAACAGGGAGACCGUUUCAAAGAGGGUGAAGUAGAGGGACAUCUCUUUACCCAUGGCCCAACCGAGAAGAACGACGAAGGGAGUGACGAAGAGUGCUGGGAUUUGUUAGUGGUAGAUGAUGGGAAGGAAUGA